UCACGUUCCACUCAAAAGACAAAGGGCGCCACUGGCGGCUUCUUGAUGUUUAAAGAGUGCGAGGGAACCUUCAAAGCUUUCCGUUCAGACCGAACGAGACUGCAAACUAGCCAACUUGGAAGCUGCGUUUCAGAGUCGGAUUCCCUAGCAUCCAUACGCUUCGCAGGUUACACAAAAACCCCUCUGCCCCUCUUCAGACCGUCCUGAGCUCUCGAAUCUCGUCACCGGUUUGUUUCUGAAAAGACAGGAAGAAGGCUAUUCGAUUGUGUCUGCUUUUGAGAUCCCCUCCACGGUUGCUCGACUCAACAUGUCAGAGCUGGUAGAUCUCUCCGCCCUUCAGGGCCGAUCCGUCAUGGUCCUAGGCGGAGCUUCAGGCUUGGGGCUUGCCAUCGCCAACCGCUUCGCCCAUGCAGGCGCCCACAUUACCAUCGCAGAUCUCAAUGUCGAAGGUGGCACUCGUGCGGUUAAGGAUCUCCAGGCGCAGGGCCUCUCCGCAACGUUUGUUAACUGUGACGUGACGGACCAUUUCAGCUCUAUGCAAGCUUUCGAUCACGCCCUUCGGUCUUCGCCAAACAAUUCGAUUGAUGUUACGGCAUUGAUCGCGGGCGUCAUAGGUGAGGCCGGAAGCCUGGUCGACAAAGUGCUAGAUUCACAAAGCAAGAAACAUGUCCACCCGCCUGAGCUACACCAUUCGGCCUUGGACGUCAACCUUCUUGGAGUGUACCAGUGUGCGUAUUUGGCCCUGUGGUAUAUGACAGUCGACAGGCAUGGGCCUGGCACACCGGCGAAAGACAAGAAGUUCUCCAAGUCACUCAUCUUCGUGAGUUCGACGGUUGCUUACACAGACGUCGGGAACUUUGCCGACUAUCAUGCCUCCAAGUUCGGCAUCCGGGGUCUUUUCCGAGGCCUGCGCCACGAGACUCCCCGCCUCAACAUUCGCACAAAUUGUCUAGCACCUUACUUUAUGCGCACUCCACUGGUCGAGAAUGCGCUGGAUACCUUUGCCGCUGCGGGGAUGGAGCCAGGAAAGGGUUUCACCUUUGUGGAAAUGGAGACCGUGGUUGAUGCGGCGGGCCGAUUCGCGGUCGACGAGAGCUUGCAUGGACGAGCCAUUGCAAUCCUCCCGGACCCGGAGGGCGCUGUCGAUUUGAAAGAUGACGAGGAGGGACUGUGGGCGGGGGAGGUCUUCAAAAAGGUGCAAGACAAGAGGAGGGCGGCGGGCGAUAUGAUUUAG